AUGAUGGUAGUUAAAUUUACUUCAACAGUAGUUGAUCCGCCUGCCCUGUUGUACAUGGGAAUUGAUAAGCAUGAGAAUGAAGAGCUUAUCAGGUGGGGUUGGCCGGAAGAUAUUUGGUUCCACGUCGAUAAAGUGUCAUCAGCUCACGUAUAUGCUCGCUUAGAAAAAGGGCAGACUAUAGAUGAUAUGCCACAGGCUUUAAUUGACGAUUGUGCACAGCUGGUAAAAGCAAAUAGUAUUCAGGGAAACAAGAUGAAUAAUAUUGAUAUUGUAUAUACACCAUGGGACAAUUUGAAAAAAACUGGUAGCAUGGCAAUUGGGCAGAUUGGUUUUAAAGAUGAUGCAAAAGUGAAAAAGAUACGUGUUGCUAAAAGGAUCAAUGAAAUCAUUAAUAGACUGAAUAAGACUGAGCGGCGAGAAGAUAUCGAUUAUCGGAAGGAACGAGAAGACAGGGAUGCCCGAGAAAGACAGUUGGCAAAACAAAGGCAGCACGAAAUGAAAGAAAGGGAGCUGGUGGAAAUGAAGGCUAAAGAAGAGGAACGAAAGAUCCGGAAUUACGAAGGCAUGUUCAAUCCCGAUAAAAUGCAGUCUAAUGUUGAUGCUGGGAACCUCUCAGACGAUUUUAUGUAA